AUGAAAAUAAGAGCAAAAAGAUAUCUUAGAUUUGCAGUAUGCGCGGCCUUUCUUCUAUGUAUUAGAGCUGCAGCUGCACCUAAAAAGAAAACAGUUAAAGAGCAUAGUUCCACUGAUGUGCCUGAGAGCGAUAUAGAUAUAGAUCUUAUAGACAGCUCUGUUGACCAGGUUAUAAAACAAAACAAGAGCAUGAAAGUGGACAUAUGGGAGAAUUUCUUUUCGGAAACCGCAAAGUUCAUUAUUUUUACAAAGCCUGAGAAGUAUGAAAACCAGGCUGGAGAAGGCAGGGUGGUGCUAGACGAAGAGAACUCAAUUGACAUUUCAGUGCUGCCUAAGACUAUAAAUAGAGAUAAGCGCAGAGGACAGUCUGUAGAUCUUGAGAGUUUUGGGCUUAUGCCCAUGGCAAUGUUUACGAUAAUAAACCAAAGUGUGAUCCAACAAGUUCUAAAUAGGAAGGACAAGGUUGCUGAAAUAUAUAUUAAAAACCUGGUGUUCAUAGAGCCAAAGAAGCCAAGAGAAAGAUGUCUAUUUCCGUAUGGAUUUACAGAGAUCAAGGCAAGCCAGCGCAUACUAAAGCAGGUGCCAAUGGGCCCGGUUAGAGUAGAGACAGAAAACCCACUUAGAGCGAAAAUUACAAAACACAUAAUAAAAGUGUACAUGGAAACAAGAAGGCACUGUGCGGGGAUGGAAGUAGACAUGAGAGAAGAUGUAGUUAAAAAGGCAAUUCACAAGAACAUAAAUGUGUAUUUGAAGUAUAUGAUAGCAAACCUAGAAAGCAUUCUUCCUCAAAACGUUGAUGCAGAGAUGACAGCACUUGAGUACAUAGACAUGCACCUAACCCGGGACACCCAUAUAGUCAGAAAAACUGUAUGCCGCCCGCCCCGAGUAGCAGAGAAGUACGACAUAUUGGCCAGGCGGGCUGCACUAAAGAAAGACUAUUUAAAAAAAGUUGGGCUUAAUAUAUUCUUUCCAGACAAAUUCAACAAAAAAAAGGUGUAUACGGUGCUUAAAAUGUUUCUGUUCAAUGUUUAUUUGAGAAUUGACUUGAAAAAUGUAAAUCUCACCUUUCUGGAGUGGCAUGCUGACGCCCUAAGCAACAUUAAUAGGCUAAGCGAUAUCCAAAAUAUAACAAUUCUUCUUAUCAUCCAAAACAUCUUGGUCAUAAGCGACAGUGCAGCUGUGAAUACAGAAAUUAAAGAUGCUUCUAUGCUAAUCAAGGGGGUUGUUUUUCUGGUUGAUAAAAUGGAGAGUAUUUUAAGCACUGCAUACAGCUCAGAUCCAAAAAACAUAGUGGACCUAACUAUAAAGAAUAUCUAUAGCGAUCUAUACAAGCUGCUGGCUGCUUUAUAUGAAAUCCUGCCAUAUUCGCAGGUUUUUGUUUCUCCGUGCAAAGAGAAAGAAGGGAUGUUUUUCAUUAAGGAGAACUUUGAGCUGACUGGAAAGGGUGUGCUUAAUAGGCAAAGGUAUCUGCAUUGGGAAGCAACUGUGGACGUAGGCGACUGGAAGCAGGAUAGAAUGCCUUAUAGAAUUAAAGAUGCCAAGUGCACGGAGCAGUUCUAUACGUCUGGCGGAAGCACUGCGCACUCACUGCACUACCACGUACACUAUGUUGACAAUGUGAGCCACAGAUACCACAGGAUAUGUGUUCCUUACUACUGCACGGAAGACUCGCGCGCAGUAUGUGUUCACACCGCCUCUGAAAUAGCUAAGUACAUACAUGUCCUGCACGGUGUUCCUGUUUCUGACAUACAUACGUAUGUUCGAAAUGGAGAUACACAUAACUGGAGCUUUGUGAAGUUCCCACAAAAAAUGCCUGCAAACAUCCAAGAUAGCAAUCACAUUCUUGUUUUUUACUACAUUCCAAAAGAGCAGAUUAAAAAUGGCUUUGUGUUUUUGAAAUUUGAAGCUGACACACCAAGAGCAAUCAAGCUUCCUCUAUUCCUCUCUCCUGUAGAACUGGCAAUUAGCUGUAAUAAACUGCAGUGCGAAUGCCUGCAAGAGAGUAUAUUGCACUCCCUAGAGCUUAGCAACGCGUCUCCACUUCAAAUUUUAACCGAGAAAACGCCUAUGUGGAAGCACCUGGAUGUUAAAGACUACUACAGCAACCUGUGCAUCCUGGUGGACCAGGUGUCUGUUGACUACAUGGGGUGUCUUAUUAUGAAUGCUUCGCUUGUGAUAGAUAGCAUAAAGAAGAAAAUCACAUGGCGUGUGAAGUACCCAUACAGUCCGGACGAGUACAAUUACUGUGUUUUAUCGAGCACCUCUAUGGAAGAAAUCAACCCGAAAAUCAACCUUAUGUCUACUGUUGAAAGAGACCACGAAAAACAAGAGCAGCUACGUUUUCUAAACAUAGAAUCUGCAGGAACUACAAGUAAAAGCACGAGCUUCCACUUAGAAGGCAAUGAAAUUCUUAAAGAAACGAUGUACUGCAUGUCCCACGAUGAGUUUAUCACGUGGUCCGAUAUUUCUAGGAAUCCAAGCACUGCGCAUGUUGAAAUUAUCCAGACCGAUCCAUCUUAUAUAUCUGUUUAUAGCAUGCACAUGUACUUUAUGUCCUUCAUGUUUGGAUAUUCGUGGAUGUGA